AUGCAACACGUACUACAAGCAGGCCUAUCGGCUGGCAUGUCCGCUACGUCAGGCUUCCACUCAAGCAAGCCUAACGCUAUGCCAAAGGACCACAACAACGCUCAAGACCUUACGCCAUCGAGUUUCGUGCCUGAUGUACUACCGCGAGGUCAUGUCACAUAUCGAGGAAAGAAGCACAACGUUGAAGCGCCAUGGAUCUCCAUUGGAGCGUGGCCAUGGGGUGACAAAGCAACCUGGCAAUGGGACGAUGCCAGAGAACGUGGUCCACUGAGGGAGGCAUGGCAGCUUCUUGUGCAGAAAGGUUGUAACCACAUCGACACAGCGCAAGUUUAUGGCUCGGGAGAAAGCGAGCGCAUCUGUGGCGAGCUCGUAGCUGGCAUGAAGCGUGAACACUUCAUUAUGCAGACGAAGUGGUGGGUGUUUCCAGGCGACGCACAGAAUAUCAUCCAUCCACAGGACGCCCCGCUAGCGAAGCUCAAGGGCUCACUGGAACGAAUGAAGCUGGACUACACUGACAUCUACAUGGUCCAUGGACAUAUCCACGCCCAAUCAAUUAGCAUGGUAGCCAAGAGCCUAGCGGACUGCGUCGACCAAGGUCUCACCAAGACAGUGGCAGUGGCCAACUACAGCGCGAAGGAUAUGCUUCAAAUGCGAGACGAGCUGGCGAAGUACGACGUCCCACUCGCCUGCAAUCAGUGCGAGUACUCUCUUCUCCGCCGCGGACCGGAGACAGAGGGCCUCCUGAAGGCAUGCAGAGAAAACGACAUCGUCUUUCAGAGCUACUCCUCGCUUGCCCAAGGCCGACUUUCUGGCAAGUACCACAGCGAUAAUGAGCCGCCGAAGCAACAUCGCUUCUCCUCAUACCCUAUGAAGUAUAUCGAGCCGACGCUUGAAGUGCAAAAGCAUAUCGCACAGAAGCACAAUGUCAGUGUUGCAGCCGUGGCGUUGAAUUAUAACAUGGUGCAUGGUAUCGUGCCAGUGGUCGGCGUGCGCAACCCUGAGCAAGCGCAGAAGAAUUGUGAGGCGCUGGGAUGGAGGCUGAGAGACGAGGAGAUCGCUCAGCUGGAUGCUGUAAGCUUCGAGGGCAAGUCUACUAGUUUGUGGCAGCAAGGCUAG